AAAGUUGAGUAUGGCGUAAUCGAGGUUGGUCUCGGCGGGAAGCUGGACGCUACCAACAUCAUGAAGCACAAGUCCGUUACCGUCAUCGCAAAAAUUGGUCUUGAUCACCAGUCUUUCCUAGGAAAUACGGUUGAGGAGAUCGCACUGCAAAAAGCAGGCAUCAUCCGCUCCGGCGUUCCCUGUGUCGUCGAUGACAGCAACGAGUCUUCGGUCCUGAAAGUGAUUCAAGACCAUGCGAAAGAGGUUGGCGGCGUAGAGCUGCACUAUCCCUCAUCAGAUUCCGCCCUGGUGCAGGUUCUCACCGAAGAAGGCUAUGAGCCGCAUCAAGUUCAGAAUCUGGCGUGCGCGUUGUUGGCCUUUCGCUUAGCGUGUCCGGAUGUUGACCACUCGAUGAGUCGUCUCCUUCCCAUCGUUAAGCAGCUGCAAUGGCCCGGUCGUCUGCAAAAAAUUGAUCUCUUUCCCAUCACCGGGCAGCAUCAAGCGGCUCUGCUGGACGGAGCCCACAAUAGCCAGUCGGCCGAAGUUUUAGCUGAGUAUGUCAACAAGCACUACCGCUCGCGGAGUCGAUCAAUUACUUGGGUGCUGGCCGCUUCCAGGGGCAAAGAUGUGGACAGUAUUAUGUCCCAUAUCAUACAGCCGGGUGAUCAGGUCACGGCUGUGCAGUUUGGGCCAGUGGAUGGAAUGCCGUGGGUUAAAGCGGAGGACCCGGCCAACUUGGUCCACCAGGCGAUCCGUUAUGGCGUUGAUACUCAAACUACGCACAACUCGGGAGAUGAUGUACGAGCUGCCCUGGAAUGGGCAUCCAAGGCUGCGGGAGAUGAGCCGAUUGUUAUUGCUGGAAGUUUGUACCUGGUCUCCAGUGUCCUGCGUCUCAUGCGUGAGGCGGAAUCUGACCAAAAGGCGUGAGGUGUGGUCAGCUGAGAAAACUGGAUAUCAAAAUUUCCGGGCUGGUGUUUGUUUUGAUUGAAAAGGGGUAUUUUACAACCCCCUGAAUAAAUCAACUAAUGUUUUC